GGUUUUUGGGCACCACACAACACCCCAGGUGUUUUAGACUGAAAGGUUGGAACGUAGCUGGGGAGACGGUUAUUGGACCAUGGCUGCUGCUCAGCUGUUGAUGAGAUAUUGUGUGCUUUUCACAUUUUGGACAUUGUCAGAUGCAAAACUCGAGAUUGUUGCCGGCGAACCAGAUGUAAAGUUGAAUGACCGUCAUCUUAUGCUGUGCAAAGCUGGGGGAGAAGGAACCAUUACUUGGUUAUUCGAGGACGAGGAAGUCGACGAGGACUCUGAAGGCUUGGUGAUUGAGAAACUUGACGAAUCAUCAAGUAAGCUUAUAAUCAACUCAGCCCAGCUCAGUAACACAGGGAAGUACACCUGUAGAUGUGAAUAUGACAGUGGAGCAACAAAGGAGACAAGCAUUGACAUCUUUGUUUAUGGGCCAGUUUCCUUCGGCCAGACAACAAAGUACCAUGAGUUCUUAAAAGGAGAGACGGCUCUCAUCCCCUGUGUUGCCACUGGGAAGCCUGCCGUGGAGAUCCAGUGGCACCGGAGCAGCACUCAGCUGGGUACUGAUGGUAUGAGGGGCACUCUCGCCACCGACUCUUCUGCUUUCUUCUGUGGAAAACAAAGGAUCACUGUCCGACGAGACAACUUCCUUCAGAUUGACGAUAUUCAGAGGGAAGACAGAGGCACUUAUACCUGCAAAGCCUAUAUAAAAGGCCGUCCAAUAUCGGAUACACUAAAUAUCUCUGUUGUUGUCAACACACUGCCAGUAGUGGAAAUACAAGAGAAACGGAAGACUGUGAAAAGUGGACCUGAUUCUACAGUUUCUAUCACCUGCUCGACCUCAGGAGAGCCCCAGCCUCAGAUCACAUGGUCAAUACCCACUGCCCUUGAUUCCACCCGCCACGAGUUCAACUCCGACAAGAGCGAACUCACCAUUAAGUCUGUCAAGAGGGAGGACACGGGAGAGUACAUCUGCACGGCCAAAAAUAAGAUCGGAGAAAGCACUGCCACAACCUUUCUUGAUGUCUCAGAGCAUCCUGUGGUGAUCCUGAGCCAGUCAGAAGUGCGUGUGAAGCCUGGAGAGAUGGUGGCUGUGUCCUGCAAUAUCUCAGGACAUCCCAUGCCCUCACUCCACUGGAUUAAAAAGGGUCCCGAUGGAAACACGGGCUUCAGCAGCAGCGGCCGAAUAAAAGUGCGAGGAUCGGAUCUUAUCAUAGAGAAGGUGGCGCCAUCUGAUGGCGGUCUGUAUUCUUGCAUUGCCAACAGUAGCUCAGGAAUCAAAGAGGAAGACUUCAGUUUGCAGACCUUGCCAGGGAAACCGUCUCAAGUGUCGGUAAAUCCAGGAGCUGCUGCAGCUACUUUCAACCUGAGCACUGCUGUGAUGGAUGGUGGCUCUAGUAUUACUGCUUACGUCCUCCAGUGGAAGCAAGGCUCUCAGCAGUGGAACGAAAUGGUCAUCAACUCCACUGAUCCUCUGGUUGUCACCCCUUUGUUGCCCUACUCUGAAUAUUCCUUUCGUUUGGCUGCCCGAAACAUUGUUGGACAGGGAGAGUUUUCUGAUAUCUCCAAUGCCCGGACAUUGGGCGAACGUGAACCAGCCAAACCUUUCCUAACAGACAAGGAAAUAAAGUUUGAGGAGAACAUUGCUAGAAUUCCCUUCAGGCAACUAGACACUGGUGGAUCCCCUAUCAGUUUCUACGUGGUGCAUUAUAAAACGAAUAAGGAUGACGAAUGGAGAGAAAAGGAACUGCUCCCAAACGCCACAGAGAUCUAUCUCCACGACCUGCAGUACAGCUCUGAUUACCAACUGAAGAUUGUUGCAUACAACCCGAAAGGCUCAUCCACGCCUGCCAUGCUUAACUUCACCGUCCCACAAGCCAGCGCAGUUAGUAAACCUGGUUUGGGGAAGGGUGGUGUAGUUGGCAUUGUGAUGCUGAUAUUCCUGGUGCUGCUCAUUGCUGUGGAUGCCACAUGUUGCUAUACCAACCGCUGUGGCAUGCUAAUGUUCCUGGCAGUGAAGCUGUUUGGACAGAAAGUCCCGGGGUCAAAGGUCAUGGAGGAGGGGGAUGGCAAUGGCACAGCAAUUGACAUGAAGGUGAAUGGGCUAGCAUCUCCACGUGGUAGCAUCCCAAAACAGCAGGCCCAAAACAGCGCACCUCCAGGGGUGCAGUCAGAAGUCACCUGCGACAAAGCACCGCUCACCAAAUUUGAGAAAGCGCCAGCCAACGGGGAUCCCACUACAGAUGCCUGAGUGUGUGACAGAGACUGAUGUUGUGGCCAUUCACAUGUCACAUCCAAACACAAACAAUACUGAGCAGCAGAAACUGUAAGUAGUAGAGGCCAGUGUAAUUAUUGUCGUAAAGCUCGGAAGGCAAAAGAUAGCAGAGUUAAGUAAGGCCUCUUUUUAAUCCUCUUUCAUUUACACAUCUUGCAUUUACUCAUCUAUUUAUGUGUAAGAAUAACUUUUUGGACAUGGACUGAUUUAGAUUUUGUAGUUCUGUGCAGGACUCAAUUUGCAUCUCAGUAUUGACUUUGUAUUUCCUUUUAUGCAUGUACCAAGAUUUUAAGAUUGUACAGUUAACAUAGAUAGUCUUACCAAAUAUUGUACAGUUAAAAUAUACAUUCAAGUCUUUAUAAUGUAAAUUAUUUGUGCAUACCAUAUUCUUUCUUUAUUUUACCUUCAAUACAGAAGAGAGUUCAAGCUUCAUGUUCGAGUAAGCAUAGAUUUAUAUACUGUAUGCACACACACACACACACACACACACACGUCACACACACACACACACACACACACACACACACACACACACAGGAGAGAUGUUAAAUUCUUAGUGCUAGGUAGGGGAUUUCCUACAGCAGUCAAUCAACAACCAAGUCUAUCUAAUAUAUACACACACAUGAAUGGACUUUCAAGCUACUGAGCAACUCUUACCUACAGUAUGUACAAUAAUAAUAAGAAAAAAAAAAUCUUUUUCCUAUGCGACAAGACCGAGUUGCAGUGGUGUGAAUUAAAUGUUGCACGUAUAGUAGCAAGCUGUCCCAAGCUGUCGCAAAGCAUUCAACAUGUUUAAUCGCAGUUGCAGUUGCAGUUGCAGUUGCAUCUGUCCUAGCAGUCGUCUACAUGUUAAGUGUGUACGACGUUCAAGGCAGUCCUGGCUCUGGAAAUGGGAAAUAGUUUUAGCCAAUUAUCAUACAGUAUUGCUAUAGGAGCAUGGAUGAGAGGGUUUAGUUGUUCAAAUAUCAACAACCUUUCCAACAUUCCAGACUGCAUUGAAAGAUUGUUGAGCUGGAGUGCUACCUGGAAUUUGUGAUGGUGCUAGAUGGUGCUAAUUGGUCAAAAGGCUUACUUAGUAUCAAAAAAAUGGAAAGAUACCAAGGCACUCUAGUAGAAAGUUUAAAAUGCCUUUAUUCUACUUGGCAACACAUGAUAAAAAACUCACUCCGACGCGCUUCGGCUGGAAGCCUUUGUCAGGGAGUGAUUCCAGACUGCAUCUUUAAUUUGCUCAUUGACAUAUCCGCAGAGAACCAGAGUUGAUAAAUGGCUAGAUCGUAUCAUUUUGUAUCACCUCCCAUGUGAGAGAAUAGAAAAUGAGUUUGAAGUAAACGUUUGUGAAUAUCCACACUACUGAUUGAAAUAAUGUUCUGAAAAUGUCAAAAAGACACACCCGUUAAAUGUUUUUCCUUGUUGAUAUGAUAGUUAUGCAAAAUCAUACUGCCUCAGGUAAACAAGGAAUAUUACCAAACCCUGAUGCAUUAAUAGCCCUGUGUAUAUUGUCCACUAGUUGUGAAUGCAUAUUUGUGGCAGUGUACUAUACUUGUUUGUUUAUUAAAAUAUGAUUGACAUUGA